UCCGCCUGCGCGUGUGGGAAGCGUUGCCCGGGAAGCGAGAGACCCGGAGCGGCCGGAGAAAGGCCCAGCCGAGCCGGGGCGGAGAACGAAGCAGCGGCCGGAGCUCCCCGAAGAUCCGCUGCUGCCGCCGCCGCCGCCGCCAUGGCGGACGUGACCGCCCGGAGCCUGCAGUACGAGUACAAGGCGAACUCUAAUCUUGUGCUUCAAGCUGACCGGUCUCUGAUUGACCGGACCAGACGCGAUGAGCCCACAGGAGAGGUCUUAUCGUUGGUUGGGAAGCUGGAGGGCACCCGCAUGGGUGAUAAGGCCCAAAGGACCAAACCCCAGAUGCAGGAAGAAAGAAGAGCGAAGAGGCGCAAACGUGAUGAAGACCGGCAUGACAUAAACAAGAUGAAAGGCUACACCCUGCUUUCCGAGGGUAUUGAUGAGAUGGUGGGAAUUAUCUAUAAACCCAAAACGAAGGAGACUCGGGAAACCUAUGAAGUUUUACUGAGCUUCAUUCAGGCAGCUCUGGGUGAUCAGCCUCGAGACAUCCUCUGUGGAGCUGCUGAUGAAGUGCUGGCUGUCCUGAAAAACGAAAAGCUACGAGACAAGGAACGGCGAAAAGAGAUCGACCUCUUGCUGGGCCAGACCGACGACACCCGUUACCACGUCCUGGUUAACCUGGGCAAGAAGAUCACAGAUUAUGGCGGAGACAAGGAGAUCCAGAAUAUGGAUGACAACAUCGAUGAGACUUACGGAGUGAACGUGCAGUUUGAGUCAGACGAAGAGGAAGGCGAUGAGGAUGUCUACGGCGAAGUCCGGGAUGAAGCAUCCGAUGAAGACCUGGAAGGCGAUGAAGCUGUCGUACGCUGCACCCUCUCGGCUAACCUGGUGGCUUCGGGGGAACUGAUGUGCUCCAAGAAGAAAGAUCUGCAUCCCAGGGACAUCGAUGCCUUUUGGCUGCAACGCCAGCUGAGCCGUUUCUAUGACGAUGCCAUCGUCUCCCAAAAGAAGGCUGACGAAGUGCUGGAAAUCUUGAAGACGGCCAGCGAUGACCGAGAAUGUGAAAACCAGCUGGUUCUGCUCCUGGGAUUUAACACCUUUGACUUCAUCAAGGUGCUGAGGCAGCACAGGAUGAUGAUCCUCUACUGCAGUCUCCUGGCCAGUGCUCAGAGUGAAGCUGAGAAGGAGAGGAUUAUGGGAAAGAUGGAAUCAGACCCCGAGUUGUCCAAGUUCCUGUACCAGCUGCAUGAAACUGAGAAGGAAGAUUUGAUCCGGGAGGAACGCUGUCGCAGGGAACGUGUCCGUCAGUCCCGCAUGGACACCGACCUGGAAACCAUGGAUCUGGACCAAGGAGGAGAGGCCUUGGCCCCUCGGCAAGUGCUGGACCUGGAAGACCUCGUGUUUGCCCAAGGAAGCCACUUCAUGGCCAACAAGCGAUGUCAGCUGCCCGAUGGCUCUUUCCGCAAACAGCGCAAAGGCUACGAGGAAGUUCACGUCCCUGCCCUUAAGCCCAAGCCCUUCGGAUCGGAAGAGCAACUCGUUCCUGUAGAAAAGCUCCCCAAGUAUGCCCAGGCUGGAUUCGAAGGCUUCAAAACCCUGAACAGGAUUCAGAGCAAACUCUACCGCGCGGCGCUCGAGACGGACAUGAACCUGCUACUGUGUGCGCCCACGGGUGCCGGGAAGACCAACGUGGCUUUGAUGUGCAUGCUGCGCGAGAUCGGAAAGCAUAUCAAUUUAGACGGGACAAUCAACAUCGAUGACUUCAAAAUUAUCUACAUCGCCCCCAUGAGGUCCCUAGUGCAGGAGAUGGUGGGCAGCUUUGGGAAGCGCUUGGCCACUUACGGCAUCACGGUGGCUGAGCUGACCGGCGACCACCAGUUGUGCAAAGAAGAAAUCAACGCCACCCAGAUCAUCGUCUGCACCCCAGAGAAGUGGGACAUCAUCACUCGCAAAGGAGGGGAGCGUACCUACACCCAGUUGGUGCGCCUCAUUAUCUUGGAUGAGAUUCACCUUCUCCACGAUGACCGGGGCCCAGUUCUGGAAGCCUUGGUGGCCAGAACCAUCCGCAACAUCGAGAUGACCCAGGAGGACGUGCGGCUGAUCGGGCUGAGUGCCACCCUUCCGAACUACGAGGACGUGGCUACCUUCCUGAGGGUGGAGCCCACCAAAGGACUCUUCUACUUCGACAACAGCUUUCGCCCGGUUCCUCUGGAGCAGACCUACGUGGGAAUCACAGAGAAAAAAGCCAUCAAGCGCUUUCAGAUUAUGAAUGAAAUCGUGUACGAGAAGAUCAUGGAGCAUGCUGGGAAGAACCAGGUGCUUGUCUUCGUCCACUCCCGGAAGGAGACGGGCAAGACGGCGCGAGCCAUCCGAGAUAUGUGCCUGGAGAAAGACACGCUGGGCCUCUUCCUGCGAGAGGGCUCUGCUUCCACGGAGGUCCUGAGGACCGAGGCCGAGCAGUGCAAGAAUCUGGAACUUAAGGACUUGCUCCCCUAUGGAUUUGCCAUUCACCACGCGGGCAUGACCAGGGUGGACCGAACAUUGGUGGAAGAUUUGUUUGCAGAUAAACACAUUCAGGUUCUGGUCUCCACUGCAACCUUGGCUUGGGGUGUUAACCUCCCUGCUCACACGGUCAUCAUCAAAGGGACACAGAUUUACAGUCCUGAGAAAGGACGCUGGACUGAGCUGGGUGCCCUGGACAUCCUACAGAUGUUGGGUCGUGCUGGAAGGCCUCAGUAUGACACGAAGGGCGAAGGUAUCCUGAUCACGUCCCACGGCGAGCUGCAGUAUUACCUCUCUCUUCUCAACCAGCAGCUGCCCAUCGAGAGCCAGAUGGUGGCCAGGCUCCCCGAUAUGCUCAAUGCAGAGAUUGUGCUGGGAAACGUCCAGAAUGCCAAGGAUGCAGUAAACUGGCUUGGCUACACUUACCUCUACAUACGGAUGCUGAGGUCUCCAAAUCUCUAUGGCAUCUCCCACGAUGACAUGAAAGGAGACCCACUGUUGGACCAGCGCCGGCUAGACCUGGUGCACACAGCAGCCCUGAUGCUGGACAAAAACAACUUAGUGAAAUACGACAAGAAGACGGGGAAUUUCCAGGUGACUGAGCUGGGCCGCAUCGCCAGCCACUAUUACAUCACCAACGAUACCAUACAGACCUACAACCAGCUACUCAAGCCCACCUUGAGUGAGAUUGAGCUCUUCCGCGUCUUCUCCUUGUCCUCCGAGUUCAAGAACAUCACCGUGAGAGAGGAAGAGAAAUUGGAGCUUCAGAAAUUGCUUGAGAGGGUCCCAAUUCCAGUGAAAGAGAGCAUCGAGGAGCCAAGCGCCAAGAUCAACGUGCUCCUCCAAGCUUUUAUCUCUCAACUGAAGCUAGAAGGCUUUGCCCUCAUGGCUGACAUGGUCUACGUCACUCAGUCUGCUGGGAGGCUCAUGCGUGCCAUCUUUGAGAUUGUCCUUAACCAUGGCUGGGCCCAGCUCACCGACAAGACCCUCAACCUUUGCAAGAUGAUUGACAAGCGAAUGUGGCAGUCCAUGUGCCCCCUCCGUCAGUUCAGGAAGCUGCCCGAAGAGGUGGUGAAGAAGAUUGAGAAGAAGAAUUUCCCAUUUGAGCGACUCUAUGACCUGAAUCACAAUGAAAUAGGAGAGCUCAUUCGGAUGCCCAAGAUGGGGAAGACAAUCCACAAGUAUGUCCACCUGUUCCCCAAACUGGAGCUGUCUGUCCACUUACAACCCAUCACCAGGUCUACUCUGAAAGUGGAGCUAACGAUUACUCCUGAUUUCCAGUGGGAUGAGAAGGUCCAUGGUUCCUCGGAAGCCUUCUGGAUUUUGGUGGAAGACGUGGACAGCGAGGUGAUCCUCCACCACGAGUAUUUCCUUCUGAAGGCCAAGUACGCUCAGGACGAGCACCUCAUCACCUUCUUCGUGCCCGUUUUUGAGCCUCUUCCUCCGCAGUACUUCAUCCGGGUGGUCUCCGAUCGCUGGCUUUCCUGCGAGACGCAACUGCCGGUCUCCUUCCGACACUUAAUCCUGCCAGAGAAGUACCCUCCUCCCACGGAACUGCUGGACUUGCAGCCCCUGCCGGUCUCUGCGCUGAGGAACAGCGCCUUUGAGGGCCUCUACCAGGACAAGUUCCCCUUCUUCAAUCCCAUCCAGACCCAAGUAUUCAACACGGUCUACAACAGCGAUGAAAACGUCUUUGUGGGCGCGCCAACGGGCAGCGGGAAGACCAUCUGUGCUGAGUUUGCCAUCCUGAGGAUGCUGCUGCAGAACGUGGAAGGCCGCUGCGUCUACAUCACUCCCAUGGAGGCUCUCGCUGAGCAGAUCUUCCUGGACUGGUAUGAGAAGUUCCAGGAUCAGCUUCUCAAAGUCGUCCUCCUGACGGGGGAGACCAGCACGGACCUGAAGCUGCUGGGGAAGGGCAACAUCAUCAUCAGCACCCCGGAAAAGUGGGACAUCCUGUCCCGGCGAUGGAAGCAGCGCAAAAAUGUACAGAACGUCAACCUCUUCAUUGUGGACGAAGUCCACCUCAUUGGCGGCGAGAACGGGCCAGUCCUGGAGGUGAUCUGUUCCCGAAUGCGCUACAUCUCCUCCCAGAUCGAGCGGCCCAUCCGCAUUGUGGCUCUCAGCUCGUCCUUGUCCAAUGCCAAGGAUGUGGCCCAUUGGCUCGGUUGCAGUGCUACGGCCACCUUCAAUUUCCACCCCAAUGUGCGCCCUGUACCUCUGGAGCUCCACAUCCAGGGCUUCAACAUCAGCCACACGCAAACCCGCCUGCUCUCCAUGGCUAAGCCAGUCUACCACGCCAUCAUGAAGCAUUCUCCCAAGAAGCCGGUCAUCGUGUUCGUUCCCUCGCGCAAGCAGACCCGGCUCACGGCCAUCGACAUUCUCACCACCUGCGCUUCAGAUGUCCAGAGACACAGGUUUCUGCACUGCACCGAGAAGGACGUGGCUCCUUACGUGGACAAACUGAACGACAACACCUUGAAGGAGACGGUGGUGAAUGGGGUGGGCUACCUCCACGAGGGGCUGACCUCGAUGGAACGACGGGUGGUGGAGCAGCUGUUUAGCUCAGGGGCCAUCCAGGUGGUGGUGGCUUCACGGAACCUCUGUUGGGGAAUGAACUUAGCUGCUCACCUGGUGAUCAUCAUGGACACGCAGUACUACAACGGGAAGAUCCACGCGUACGUGGACUAUCCAAUCUACGAUGUCCUACAGAUGGUGGGCCGUGCUAACCGCCCCUUGCAGGAUGAUGAAGGACGCUGUGUUAUUAUGUGCCAGGGGUCCAAGAAGGAUUUCUUCAAAAAGUUCCUCUACGAGCCCCUUCCGGUGGAGUCUCACCUCGACCACUGCAUGCACGAUCACUUCAAUGCCGAGAUUGUCACCAAGACCAUUGAGAACAAGCAGGACGCGGUGGACUACCUCACCUGGACCUUCCUGUACCGCCGGAUGACCCAGAACCCCAACUAUUACAACCUCCAAGGUGUGUCCCACCGUCAUCUCUCCGAUCACCUUUCUGAGUUGGUGGAGCAAACCCUGAGCGACCUGGAGCAGUCCAAGUGCAUCAGUGUGGAAGAUGAGAUGGACGUGGCGCCUCUGAACCUGGGCAUGAUCGCAGCUUAUUACUACAUCAACUACACCACCAUCGAACUCUUCAGCAUGUCCCUGAACGCCAAGACGAAAGUGAGGGGCCUGAUUGAAAUCAUCUCCAAUGCUGCAGAAUAUGAGAACAUUCCUAUUAGACACCACGAGGACAACCUCUUGCGGCAGCUGGCCCAGAAAGUGCCCCACAAGCUGAAUAACCCCAAGUUCAACGACCCCCACAUCAAAACCAACCUCCUUUUGCAAGCGCAUUUGUCGCGGAUGCAGUUAAGCGCCGAGCUCCAAUCGGACACCGAGGAGAUUCUGAGCAAGGCCAUCCGGCUGAUCCAGGCCUGCGUGGACGUCCUCUCCAGCAACGGCUGGCUGAGCCCCGCCCUGGCGGCCAUGGAGCUGGCCCAGAUGGUCACGCAAGCCAUGUGGUCGAAGGACUCUUACCUGAAGCAGCUGCCGCACUUCACCUCCGAGAACAUCAAGCGCUGCACGGAGAAGGGCGUGGAGAGCGUGUUUGACAUUAUGGAGAUGGAAGACGAGGAACGCAACGUCCUGCUCCAGCUCUCCGACACCCAGAUUGCCGACGUGGCUCGCUUCUGCAACCGAUACCCCAACAUCGAACUCUCCUACGAGGUGGUGGAGAGGGAGAGCAUCCGCAGUGGAGGCCCUGUGAUUGUGCUGGUGCAGCUGGAGCGAGAGGAGGAGGUAACCGGGCCCGUGAUCGCCCCGCUGUUCCCACAGAAACGUGAGGAAGGCUGGUGGGUGGUGAUCGGCGACUCCAAAUCCAACAGCCUCAUUUCCAUCAAGCGACUGACGCUGCAGCAGAAGGCCAAGGUGAAACUGGACUUUGUGGCUCCAACCACCGGGACACACAACUACACCCUCUACUUCAUGAGCGAUGCCUACAUGGGCUGCGACCAAGAGUACAAGUUCAGUGUGGACGUCAAAGAGGCAGAGAGCGACAGCGAGUCCGACUGAGGGACAGGCCGGCCAUCAUCCUUGGGGACGGACCUUCUUGGUAAAGCCACCAUGGACUUUCUUGGAGCAGAUAACCAAGGUGAUGCUUCGGUGAUGUUCUCAGUUCUUCUGAUUCCCUGCAUCGGAAUUAAGCCUCAGCCAACAGGUGUCAGAAGGGACUUCCACCUUUUUCUUCUUCCUGCCACCAUCUUUUGAGUUUUUUUUUCCUUUUUUUUUUUUUAAAUCUCA